AUUGGCUGGCUCGUGGCAUGCUUCCUCACACGAUUGGCUGGCUCAGGGCAUGCUUCCUCAAGAGCAGUACAGAUAUAUGAAUAUCCAGUAUCCAAUAUACAGAAUAUGGUGCUCGUUUGUUACUCUCAAUGACUAACCAAUCAUCUUGAGAUUGAACUAAAACCAACCUAUCAGAAAUGGGCUGCUUGAACUAAUAACCAACCUAUCAGAAAUGGGCUGCUUGAACUAAUAACCAACCUAUCAGAUAUGGGCUGCUUGAACUAAUAACCAACCUAUCAGAUAUGGGCUGCUUGAACUAAUAACCAACCUAUCAGAUAUGGGCUGCUUGAACUAAUAACCAACCUAUCAGAAAUGGGCUGCUUGAACUAAUAACCAACCUAUCAGAUAUGGGCUGCUUGAACUAAUAACCAACCUAUCAGAUAUGGGCUGCUUGAACUAAUAACCAACCUAUCAGAUAUGGGCUGCUUGAACUAAUAACCAACCUAUCAGAAAUGGGCUGCUUGAACUAAUAACCAACCUAUCAGAAAUGGGCUGCUUGAACUAAUAACCAACCUAUCAGAAAUGGGCUGCCAAUAAGAAUAGAAGUUACGUUGUCAAAAUACAGAAUAUCACAGGCACCAUAAACUACCAUGAAAGAAAAACAACAGUAGCAAGACCUUGUACGGAUGAGGAAAUAUAUUUGAUUUGGAUAGUAUGUUUUGGAAAAAGGGAUAUAAGGAUGAAUCUUGUACGAGAGAAAGAAAUGAAGAAUCCCAGUUGAGAGAGGGUAGAGAGAGAGAGAGGGAGAGAGAGAUGAGAGAGGGAGAGAGAUACAUAGAGGGAAAGAGAAAGGAGAGAGAGAUAAAUAGAGUUGAAAUGAGAGAAAGAGUGAGAGAAAAGAGCAAGAGAGAGAGAGAGAGAGGGGGAGAGAGAGGAAUCAAGCAGAGUGAGCCUCCAUCUGCAGCUUGGCUGGGCUCUGCUCUGGGAGAGAGGGAGGGAGAGAGUCAGUCAGGAGACAUGCCUUCUGGCAGGAAUCUAGCUGUAGAGCUGUAGAAGAGACAGCUGUGUUUGGUGGAGGUAUUUUUAAACGCAUCAAUGCUGCUCCAAUCCCCUCGCCUCGGCCCUCCUAUUUAUAGCUGGGGCCGGCCAUUGUUCUAUUUCUGUCACCUGUGGGCCACGCUGUUGUUAAUUCACAUGCAAAUGAAGCUUGCACCCUCUCCGGCUCAAGCAUUACUUUCCUGUGAGAGGUUGACGGAUAAACAGUGCACGGCUUAGCUCAUCUCUGACUAGUACACCCCCCACUGGAAGGUUGAAACACAGGCAGGCUCACUCUCACCGCUCAGACAUUACUGAGAGAGGAACAGAGAGGAGAAGACAGACAGACGAGAGAGAGAUGAGAGGGAAUAAGAGCAGGGUAGUAGCUCGGUGUCACAACAAGAGAAGAGAAUCAGACUGCCAGUCAUCUUCUAACUCUGUCUGAACAGGGACUUCUUGACUGAAGCUCUGUGUUCUAUUGUGCUGUGUAGUCACAGUAUAGUGGGGAAAGCCUCACAGAGGGAGUGUGUGGUGUGGUUAUUGUAUUGCGUUUCAGCACAGCAAGAGAGAGAGAGUUUCCUCAGAGGAAAAGGAGGAGAGCUGUUUCUGUGUCUAGUCUCCGUACGCCGUCGUGGUCGUUCCCCUGAGUGCACUGCUGUGAGAGGGUUGGCUCUUUAGGGACAGGAAGAGCAGGACUUGCGAUGCGACCUGAGCGCUGAGUGGAGUAUGCUGCAGACGAUUUACGAGAGCGAGUCAAAUUUCUCCACCACAACAAACAAGCUCGUUGUCCACCAGCGACUCUUGGACCAGCAGAAGAUGCACAACGUUAACUCAGUGGACAUUAAGCCAGAGGUACUUUUGGAUCCCGUGUCUCCAUUGGACCUGCGUACAGACCUGAGGAUGCUGGGGCCUGGCUCGGACCCGGGAAUGUGGGAGCGUCAGUUGCAGCAGGAGCUGCUCCUCAUCCAGAAACAGCAGCAGGUCCAGAAACAGCUGCUGAUCAGCGAGUUCCAGAAGCAGCAUGAGAAUCUGACCCGCCAGCACCAGGCCCAGCUCCAGGAGCACCUCAAGCUGCAACAGGAGCUGCAGGCCAUGAAGCAGCAGCAGGAGCUGGUGGAGAAGGAGAGGAGGCAGCAGCUGCAGCAGCAGCAGAGCCAGCAGGAGAAGGAGCAGGAGAGACAUCGCAGGGAGCAGCAUGUCCUCUGUCUCAGCCUCAGGGGCAAGGAGCGCACCAGAGAGAGUCUCACAGGUGCUGUGGCCAGUAAUGAGGUGAAGCAGAAACUCCAAGAGUUUCUGUUGAGUAAAUCAAACAAGGACCUGUCUACUGCCGGAGCCACACACAUGGUCAUCCACCACCCCAAGCUCUGGUACACGUCCUCCCACCACACGUCUCUGGACCAGAGUUCUUCUCCCCUGGGAGGCAUGUCUCCUGUCUGCCAUUACACACUCCCCUCCCCUCAGGACGGACAGGACGACUUCCCACUGAGGAAAACAGCCUCAGAGCCCAACCUGAAGGUAAAGUCUAGACUGAAGCAGAAGGUAGCAGAGAGGAGGAGUAGUCCACUGCUGAAGAGGAAAGACAGCAACGUCAUGACCCCCUACAAGAAGAGGGCCCUAGAAAUGAUGGACUCUACAGCCACUAACAGUGCCCCAGGCUCAGGACCCAGCUCUCCCAUCGGAGCCUCCAGCGCCCUGGGGGCCGAGAACGGGCCCUCCUCUCUCCCCACCACCACAAAAACCGAGCGCUGGCCAUCACAGCCUAGGUUAUUUCGUCCAGAGGGCUCCAUGUCCAACCUUCUGAGCUUAUACACGUCUCCCUCCUUACCCAACAUCACCCUGGGCCUCUCCGCCACCUCCUCCCAGAUCAGCGCUGCCAUCGGGCUGAAGGAGAAGACUGGGGAGGUCAGGCAUGGUCUACCAGGGCAGCUCCUGGGGCCUGUGCCCAUGCCCACGGUGACCUCCAUGGAGACCAAGGUGUCCCCCAGCCAUCAGGCCCUGCUCCAACACCUCCUUCAGAAGGAGCAGAUAAGACGGCAGAAGAUCCUCUCCUCCUCUGGUCAAGGCUCCAUGCCCACCCACCCCCACUCCCCUCUGGCCAUGAAGGACAGGCCCUCCUCCAACAGCAGACCCAAGCUACCCAAGCACCGGCCCCUGAACCGGACCCAGUCAGCCCCUCUGCCCCAGAGCACCCUGGCUCAGCUGGUCAUCCAGCAGCAACACCAGCACUUCCUGGAGAAGCAGAAACAAUACCAGCAGCAGAUCCACAUCAAUAAGCUGCUGUCCAAGUCCAUCGAGCAACUCCGUCAGCCCAGCUCCCUGGUCAACCCACACCUGCAGGAGUCAGAGGAGGAGGAGGAGGACAACACCCGGAGGAUGGCGGAUGAGAGGAUGGACAUGCAGGAGGACAGGAUGCCCCCUGGUGGCGUGAUCCAGAAACACACCCUUCGCUCCAGCAGCAGCAGUGGCAGCAACAGCUCUCUCGGGGAACUGUCCUCCAUCGUAGAGGCCCACCACCGCCUGGGGGUCAUAAAGGUCAAAGAGGAGCCAAUCGACAGCGAGGACGAGUCCCUGUCCAGUCAGAGCCUAGAGGCGGAGCAGAGGGCCUCACUCCACCAGGUCAAAGGUCAGCUGGUGAUAAGAGCUAUGAUCUGAGAGGGGGCAGAAGAUGAAGGAGAUCACACACUGCGACAUUCAGAGACGCAUACGUACACACACACACACACACACACACACACACACACACACACACACACACACACACACACACACUGCAGCCAACACACACACACAGAGCCGACUAGGACUCCCCAGGCAGUCCUCUCCCUGCCCUGAGAUGUGACGCUGUCUCAGUGAAGUGCAGCCGCACCCCAAACCCCCACCAGACUGACUCUCUGUUUGUGAACUUUGUGAAGUGAUCUGUAAUGUAAAGUAUGUUUCACCGUGCUGUAUAUAACAUGAAGAGAAGAUUUACUAGAAGAGUGCUCCUUCUUUUUUUACUUCUAAGGAACUGCUUUGAUUGUUUUCAGGUUCUGCUCAAUUGACAGAAUGUAGUAUGUAUGUAUACAGUAGAUUUAGCGUAAGAGAAUAUUCUAGAAGGGAUGGAAAGUUUAACCGUUGUACAAUUUAUGAAUGCCAUUUUAUGUUCCCAUAGUGUAACAUUUAUGCCAUCAAUUCACUUCAACUUUGACUUGCUGACUGUUGUUGUUUUAUUCAAAUGUCAUAUUCUCCGUCGUUCUCCAAAAAGCUGUGAUGUUCUGUGUUCAGUGGUCUCUGAAAAUGACAUGAAAAUAAGGAAGCAUGCUCAUGUCUGUAUGAGAGAGAAUGUAUUGUUCAACCUUAACACAACACAGCCCACCCUUACGACUGAGUACAGCCAGCCUACACUGGGAAUGAGACUGUUUAUUGAUGUGCAGUACUGCAGAGUGGAGGAGCAAACGCUAAAUCAGUGGAUGGAUGGAUGGAUGGAUGGAUGGAUGAUAGAUAGAUGAUGGAUGGAUGGAGGGAGG